CGCAGGCACACUGCCGACAGAGAAGGGUGCAUCAUGCAAGGCACGGAAGGGUAUGGGGUGCGCUGGAUGCGCUAUCUGGGAGUGGGAAGCGAUGGGACACUCUUGCAAAAACGAAAGGCGUACGAAAUAUUGCGUGACGAACUCAAGUUCCGCCCGACGUUGGAGCAGCAGCAUCACCCGUUGAGCGAAGCCGACGACAAUCCGUGGAACCAGUUCUACGCGGACGAUCACCUUGUGCGGGAAAUCAACACAGACCUGGACCGGUUGUACCCCCAAGGCCAAGAAACUUACUUCCAGGAACGUAAGGAUUACAUGGACAUGCUGCGCAACGUCCUCUUCGUGUGGUGCAAGCAGCAUCCGACAUUGGCAUACCGGCAAGGCAUGCACGACCUCGUAGCGGUCAUCCUUUACGCCUGCGUCAAUCCAAGCCACAAGCUCGACGAGAACGACGACCGAGUUGAAUUUCUCGAGCACGACACGUAUAUUCUCUUUGAACGAAUCAUGGUGUGGAUGAAGCCUCUGUAUGCGAUCCAAACGAUCUCGCCAGCACCGACCCCCGACGACGUCCCUCUCCCUACGGCAGAUGGCAGUGAUGCUGAUUUAUUUGGCCCCCCUCCUCCGCGAGUCCUGUCCCCAGAGGACCGUCCCCUAUUUCGCUCUUCCAACGGCCCCGACACAGACUUGUGUGCAACCCCGGCGCAGCAAUCUGCCCUCCAACUGCUCUGCCACGUCGUUCAAUACGAGCUCCUCGCCAAGCACGACCCCCAGCUGGCAUGUCAUUUGCAAAACGUCCAAGUGCUCCCAGAAACGUACUGCCUGCGGUGGCUUCGUCUUCUCCUCGCGCGGGAAUUCCCCCUCGAUCAAACUCUGCGCGUGUGGGACGCCAUGUUUGCUGUCGAGUCCGAGUCUACUUCUCCGUCGUCGUCGUUGGAGCUGCUCCCGUACGUGUGUGUGGCCAUGCUCGUGUAUUUUUCCACGACGCUUCGCGAGUGCGACAACACGGGAUGCCUUCAACUCCUGAUGCGGCCGGCGUCAACGCCGCUCCCUGCUCAUGCAAUCAUCGACAGCGCAUUGCUCAUGUACAACCCCAUGAAGGAGAGCAAUCACGAGGACAUGGAUGUUGUGUGCUUUGUCGAAGGGUCACUUGGCAUUGUCCUGACGAACGCCAAAGCGCCGUACGACUUUCGGCUAGCGGUCAAGGAAUUGUCUGGCCAGGCGCUUCAAAGCGGAAAAGUUCACGUGGGCGACCUGAUUGAAAGCAUCAACGGCGUCAAAAUGUACAAGAUAUCGACGGACGAGAUCAAAAAGCACAUUGCGCUUCUGCCACGACCGUUGUACGUUUCGUUUCUGCAUGUUGACGACUCGAUUCCAGCCGACAGUGACGACCCUGUGGCGGCCGUCGCCUCGUCCAGCGCAACGACUCCGUUCCUCCUCCCGGACGACACGCCCCUCCCGCCAUUCUUGGACGGCGAGCAAUGUUAUGCCCACAUGGAGACGUCCAUGCACCAGCCUGUGUUCCAUGCUCCGUCAGGGUCGUGCGCAUCGCACUUUGUGGCGGGACGGCUUUUUCUCACGAACUAUCGUUGUCUCUUCCAAGGGUUUGUCAGUGGAACGCUGUGGGAGAUUCCGGUGCUGUCGAUUGCGUGCAUCGUGAGCGACGCAGCGCCGAUCGACAUCAACCCGCUCUCGCUUGAAUCGACCGCAACGUCGUCCGGCCGUCGCCACAGCCACUCGCAUCUACAUCAUCGUGGCGACCCCCAAUACACUGUUGUCCUCCAAUGCAAGGACACGCAAAAAGUGAAGUUUGCGUUUCGAGAUGGCCAAGAGUUUGCCCGCAUGCACAAGUGUCUGUCAGUGCUGGCGUUUCCUGCGUCCCUCACGGACGCGUUCUGCUUUCACUACCGACCGCACAUUUUACCGUCGGACGUUGUCAUGCCGUUUGACAUUCGGGCCGACUACCAGCGCGUGGGCCUCCUCCAUCCCGCGGGCGGCCCGUCCCGAUUCCGUUGCAUUGACCACGCGUAUUUGCUUUGUGAGAGUUACCCUCGGUACUUGAUGGUCCCGUCUGGCAUGUCGGACAUCAAGCUGCAAGUGGCAGCCUCCUUUCGAUCGAGCCAGCGUUUGCCAGUUGCUUGCUGGCAGCACCCGACAAACCAUGCCGUGAUCGCGCGGUCUUCGCAGCCUCUCGUUGGCCUCAAAUCUGCGCGUUGCGCCGAAGACGAGCAAUUGGUGCAGCUCUUAUGUGGUGGCCACGCAACGUCGGGCGAGGUCUUUCCAUCAGGGUUUCGGUACGUCAUCAUGGAUGCACGCGGGCAACUAGCGGCGGCUGGGAACAAAGCGAUGGGAAAAGGUACCGAGAGCACGGCCAACUACCGCGGCGCCAAACUUGCCCACAUGAACAUGGAAAACAUUCAUGCGAUUCGAAACUCGUUUCAGUCGCUGACUGCGGCUUUCGACCCGCUUGACACGGAUCAAAACUCGAGCUUUUUUCAAAAAAUCGACAGCUCCGGCUGGCUCAAGCACGUUCGACUGGUCUUGAAAGCGUCGUGGGAGUUGGCCGAAUAUGUCCACAGCGGGGUGUCUGUGCUGACGCACUGCAGCGACGGGUGGGACCGGACGGCGCAGAUGGUGUCGUUGGCGGAGCUCAUGUUGGACCCGUUCUAUCGAACGCUGGAAGGCUUCCAAGUCCUGAUCGAGAAGGAAUGGUGCAGCUUUGGCCAUCAGUUUGGACUUCGUAGUGGCCAUGCCCGCAGCGACGUGUCCAACGAGCAGCGGUCCCCCAUCUUUUUGCUCUGGCUUGACUGCGUCCACCAAGCCUUACGCCAGUUCGAGACCGAGUUUGAGUUUGCACCGACACUCCUCCUCUUCCUCGCCGACCACGUGUACAGCUGCAAGUAUGGCAAUUUUAUGUUUGACUGCGAGAAGUCCCGCGUCGAUUGCUUUGAAAAGUACCCUGCCACGAACGUGUGGGGCGACAUCGAGUCGAUGCGCGACACGUUUGUGAACCCGUUGUUCAGCCCCCAGCGCACUGUCUUGGCGCCGUCAACCGUGUGGAAAAACAUUGUGCUAUGGAGGGAGUACUUCGCUCGGUUUGAUCCGACAUUCGUCCCGCCUGUCGAGUGUAUCCAGUACUAUUCGUAGUUCAAUCGUGGCUGCCUCGGGCUCCUCACACUCGAGAUAGCGGCUGGGGUUUCUGGGAGCCUGUGCGUCGGCUCUAGAGCACGGCAGGCAGCGGCACCCAGACCGCUGAAUUCCUGCUUGGCGCGCACAAGUAAUCGCUUAAAAUAUCAUACCGAACGAAAUAUACAACAUGAAGGAUAUGGUGCGAAAUAUCUCGCCACGCACAUUACGUUCAACUUGUCCGAAAUUUCCCCUCAAGCUGAAGAUAUUUUGAUAAACACUGG